ACAAACAGAGACAAACAGAGAGAGAGCAAGAAAGAGAGAGAUAUCGAUGGAGCUCCGGUCAUCCUCCUCCUCCUGCUUGGCGUGCGUGGGGUGGAUCGAGAGGUACUUUAGCGACUGCGUGUGCAGUCGGAGCAGCGAGGCGUCGUUCGCGCUGGGGAUUGCCAGCCUCCUCUGCUGGGGAGUCGCCGAGAUCCCGCAAAUCGUCUCCAACCUCCUCAACAAGUCCGGCCAUGGCGUAUCCCUCACCUUCCUCCUCGCUUGGGUCGCAGGGGAUGUCUUCAACUUGGUGGGGUGCCUUCUCGAGCCGGUCACGUUGCCUACACAAUUUUACACUGCGGUGUUGUACACAGCCACGACGGCUGUGCUGGUGCUGCAGGUGCUUUACUAUGAUCACUGCCCAAGGUGGAGGAAGAGCACUGGCUUAGGAACUCAAGCAAAGGUUGAGGACAAGAGCUGUGAAGGUUUGAAUACAAAGCAUACACAACCAAUACCAACAACUGUUCUUGGAGAUUUACACUACAUGUCGGCGAGGUCUUUGGCAAGCAGCGGGACACCGCCAUGUAAGUCGUCGUACCUUGGACAAGCUCGGAGUGGACCGUCGACAUUAGGGUACAUCACAUCCUCUGAUUCUGAUGGAGAUGGAUCGCCAAAGCAUCAAUCUUGCCGUAGGAUCUUUGGCUCGGUUGGUUAUGGAACUUUCAUGGCUGCUUCACUCACUUUGCCAUUUCAUACUAAAGCAACAACAGAAGGCCUACAGGAACAACUUUUCCAGAAAGUAGUCACAGUUCCAUCACAAGGAAACCCUUAUGGACAGCUCUUAGGGUGGGUCAUGGCUGCCAUUUAUAUGGGAGGUCGUUUACCUCAAAUAUAUCUGAAUAUAAAGCGAGGGAGUGUCGAGGGUUUAAAUCCUUUGAUGUUCUUGUUUGCACUCAUUGCGAAUGCAACUUAUGUUGGAAGCAUACUUUUGAGGAGCACAGAGUGGGAAAAGAUCAAGGGAAACACACCGUGGUUACUCGAUGCGGUCGUCUGCGUGUUGCUCGAUCUAUUUAUCAUCCUGCAAUUUGCCUACUAUAAGUCCGUGCGGAAAGGCGAAAGCGAUGAAGAAAUCAAGCAAACCCUUGUUUAAAAUAUGGAUGAAGUGUGUAACAAACCUGAAGCAUACGAUCCCUGCAGAAGUAUGCCAAUUAUUUUCAAUAAUGUGACAUGAAGUUGAUUGUAGUUAGAUUUACUAGUUUAGCAUUG